UGGAUGCAUACACUUGACUACAGACCUCGGUCUCCACAGGACUCUUCCUUGCUGGUCAGAAAUGCAUCCGUCUUCUGUGGCCAGGGCCACGAAGAGAGAGUGUGUGAAGCCAUGGGUGAUUGGCCUCAUCACCUUUUUAUCCCUGAUUGUCCUGGCCGUGUGCAUUGGACUCAUUGUUCAUUAUGUGAGAUACAAUCAAAGGAAGACCUACAAUUACUAUAGUACAUUGUCAUUUACAAGUGACAAACUGUAUGAUGAUUUUGAAAGAGAGGCUUCUAAAAAUUUCACAGAAAUGAGCCAGAGAAUUGAAUCAAUGGUGAGAAAUGCAUUUCAUAAAUCUUCAUUGAGGGGAGACUUCGUCAUGUCUCACAUUAUCAGAUUCAGUAAAGAGGAAAAUGGAGUGUUGGCUCACAUGCUGCUGAUUUUUAGAUUUCGCUCUACUGAGGAUCCUGAAACCAUAAAUAAAAUUAUUCAACGUGUUCUACAUGAAAAGCUGUAUGAUGCUGUAGGGCCCCCUAAAUUAGAUCCUGAAUCAGUUGAAAUAAAAAAAAUCAACAAGACAGAAACGGACAACUUUCUAAACAAUUGUUGUGGGACUCGGAAGAACAAAAGUACAACACAGAGUGUCAGGAUUGUUGGUGGGACACAGGUGGAAGAGGGUGAAUGGCCAUGGCAAGCUAGCCUGCAACUGGAUGGGAUCCAUCGCUGUGGAGCAACUUUAAUUAAUGGCUCAUGGCUUGUGAGUGCCGCUCACUGCUUCAGAAUGUAUAAGGACCCAUCCAGAUGGACUGCCUCCUUUGGAGUGACACUAUUUCCUUCUAAAAUGAAACAAGGCAUCCGGAGGGUAAUUGUGCAUGAAAAAUACAAAUAUCCAUCACACGACUAUGAUAUUUCAGUUGCAGAGCUUUCCAGCCCUGUUCCCUACACAAAUGCGGUACAUAGAGUUUGUCUCCCUGAUGCCUCCUAUGAGUUCCGCCCAGGUGAUGAGAUGUUUGUGACCGGAUUUGGAGCACUGCAAAAUGAUGGUAGCAGUCAAAAUCAUCUUCGGCAAGUGCAGGUGAAUCUCAUAGACACUGAAACCUGCAAUAAACCUCAAGCUUACAAUAAUACCAUAACUCCUAGGAUGUUAUGUGCUGGCUCCUUGGAAGGAAAAAGAGAUGCAUGCCAGGGUGACUCUGGAGGACCACUGGUUAGUGCAGAUGCUAGAGAUAUCUGGUACCUUGCUGGAAUAGUGAGCUGGGGAGAUGAAUGCGGGCAGCCCAAUAAGCCUGGUGUUUAUACUAGAGUGACUGCCCUCCGGGACUGGAUCGCUUCCCAAACUGGUAUCUAAAGGAGAAAAACUCAGUAGAAUGGAAUGCAUUUUUGUUUAUAGGCCAUGUCAGAGAUAUGGAAUUGCAGAAGAAGCUUUGCAGGUCACCUAGAUCUGACUGAAAAAUGAAACUGUGUGCUCGAUGCAUAAUUUCCUUCUAGCUCUGCUCCACAUGUGAGCAUCCUGCUUCUUCCAGAUGGAUUCUGUCUCAACUUGCAUUCAUUUAUUUUACAAGUUUUCUGUCCUUGAUGCCUUGUUGACAUAAAAUUUCUCAUGCAUAUAUACAAUUUGAAGUGAUUCCUUCUUUCAUUUCCCCAGUUUGUUUUAUCAGUACAUUUCCACUUUCAAGGUGCAAGGCAAAGAAUAAAAGAAAACAUAAGAAGGAAAAAACUACAUUUUAAUGUACAGAAAAAUAUAUAUAUUUUUCUGAACAGAAUAAGACAAAUGAUCAUAUUCAUUAUGAAAGGUCAAGCAGAGACAGAAUACCAAACCCUUCAUGAUGGACAACGAAUGGGAACUAAGUUAAAGAAAUUCACAGAGGUACAAGAUUUAGCUUUUUACCCAUUUUUAGUAAAAAAACUACAGAAAUAAAUGUGGGGAACAUUAUGUGUUCUUGUGACUUACAAUAAUUUUGCAAACUCUAUAUAAAGCAAAUAAUAUUUAUUUAACAUCGCACUACUGAGGAUGUUAAUAUCCUAUCUAAUAAAAGACAAAAAGGGUA